AUUUUUCAUCCUCUUAAUUUCUAUUAAUUUUAAAAUAAAAAGCACUAUAAAUAUAUAAUUUGAAUAUCUCGAAAUUUUAAUAUGAAAGCGCGUUGAAUUGCACUGCGCCCUACAUUCAAAGCUCUCUCCCAUAUUUAUUACAAAUCCCUCUCUUAUUCUCUUUUCAUUUUCAUCUUUUUUCCUCUCUCUCUCUCUCUCUCUUCCCCGAUUUCGCGCUUCUCUUUUCCGGGAUUCCGCCUCCCGGUCUUCACAAUUCCUGUUUGCGUUGUUCUUGAUUUUGGUGGAAUCUGAUUUAACUUCGAUUUGAUUUCUUUUUUCUUUUUCUCUUUCUGUGAUUUCUGUUAAAUUAGUUGAUUCUUCAUUCAUCAGUUGAAGUGAUGCGUAAUGGAUUUUCUCGGUAUCCCAGCACGAAGUAGCAUAGGAUUUCAGGAUUGCAAACUGUUUCUAACAUUGAUUUUCCUUUUACUUUUCGCUAGCGUAUUUGAUACGGUUGUUGUUGUUGAAGCGCAUAUUCCUCAAGGAUUCCACAAAUCCAAUCGCUCUAGUGUUUUCGGAAUCGAAUUGCCGGAAAAUCUUAGCUCCGGUAUUGCUUCUUCAUCCGCGAGUGCUCCUUGUAGCUUCGGAAAUGAAGGCGAAGAAGGUGAGACAGAGAGUUUAAUGGCGGAUUCAGUGAAGCAAUCGGUGAAACUUCAUCUCAAAAAGCGGUCAACGAAUACAGCGAACGAGCCGAGGGAAUCGAUUACUGAAUCUGCAGUUAGGGAUUUGGCGAGAAUCCAAACGCUGCAUACCAGAAUCGCCGAGAGGAAGAAUCAAGAUACGACUUCGAGGUUGAAGAAGAGCAAUGUCGAGCGGAAGAAGCCGAUGGAGAAGGUUUCUUCUCCGGCUGAAUCGCCGGAGUCUUACGCCGAUUACUUCUCUGGUCAGCUUAUGGCGACUUUGGAAUCCGGCGUCAGUCUUGGCUCUGGUGAGUACUUUAUCGACGUGUUCAUCGGUUCUCCGCCUAAACACUUCUCUCUGAUUCUCGAUACUGGAAGCGAUUUGAACUGGAUUCAAUGUGUCCCUUGCUACGAUUGUUUUGAGCAAAACGGACCUUACUACGAUCCUAAAGAUUCAAUUUCUUUCAGAAACAUUACCUGUAACGAUCCUCGAUGUCAAUUAGUUUCAUCUCCAGAUCCUCCGCAGCCGUGCAAAUUCGAGAAGCAAUCGUGCCCUUAUUUCUACUGGUACGGCGACAGUUCUAACACCACCGGCGAUUUCGCGCUGGAAACGUUCACCGUCAAUCUCACCUCAUCGACGACGGGGAAAUCGGAGUUCCGACGAGUGGAGAAUGUGAUGUUCGGAUGCGGCCAUUGGAACAGAGGUCUCUUCCAUGGCGCCGCCGGAUUAUUAGGGCUUGGCCGAGGACCUCUCUCUUUCUCUUCACAGCUUCAAUCGCUCUACGGACAUUCCUUCUCCUACUGUCUCGUCGAUCGAGACAGCGACACAAGCGUGAGCAGCAAAUUGAUUUUCGGCGAAGACAAAGAUUUAUUAACUCAUCCAGAACUGAAUUUCACAUCUCUGAUCGGCGGAAAGGAAAACCCAGUCGAUACAUUCUACUACUUGCAAAUCAAAUCGAUCUUUGUCGGAGGAGAGAAACUCCAAAUUCCGGAGGAGAAUUGGAACCUCUCGGCCGAUGGUGCCGGCGGAACAAUCAUCGAUUCCGGUACAACUCUCAGCUAUUUCUCCGAUCCAGCUUACCGAAUCAUCAAGGAAGCAUUCUUGAGGAAAGUAAAAGGUUAUAAACUAGUUGAAGAUUUUCCGAUUUUACAUCCUUGCUACAACGUCUCCAGUACCGAUGAACUGAACUUUCCAGAAUUCUUAAUUCAGUUCGCCGACGGCGCCGUGUGGAACUUUCCGGUGGAGAAUUACUUCAUAAGAAUCCAGCAACUGGAUAUCGUUUGCUUAGCGAUGUUAGGAACUCCAAAAUCAGCACUGUCGAUCAUCGGAAAUUAUCAACAACAGAAUUUUCACAUAUUGUAUGAUACGAAGAAUUCAAGACUGGGCUACGCGCCGAUGAGAUGUGCUGAAGUUAUCGAAGCACCGAUCUCUUUCAGAUCUUCGAGUUUCAAAAUGGUUACAUUCAGGUUUCACCAGUACCAGGUUGUGGGGAGGGCUCUUCCUUCUGAAUCGGAUGAGCAUCCCAAGAUCUAUCGGAUGAAGCUAUGGGCUACCAACGAAGUCCGUGCCAAAUCCAAGUUCUGGUACUUUUUGAGGAAGUUGAAGAAAGUUAAGAAAAGCAAUGGUCAAAUUCUUGCCAUUAAUGAGAUUUUUGAAAAGAACCCAACAAAGAUCAAGAACUAUGGUAUUUGGCUGCGAUAUCAGAGCCGAACUGGUUAUCACAACAUGUACAAGGAGUACCGCGACACAACAUUGAAUGGUGCCGUCGAGCAAAUGUAUACCGAGAUGGCUUCUCGCCAUAGGGUGAGGUGCCCAUGCAUCCAAAUCAUUAAGACAGCAACCGUUCCAGCAAAACUCUGCAAGAGGGAAAGUACGAAACAGUUUCACAACUCAAAGAUCAAAUUCCCGUUGGUGUAUAAGAAGGUGAGGCCACCCACCAGGAAGCUCAAGACAACAUACAAAGCAUCUAAGCCCAACUUGUUCAUGUAAUUCUGCUGAUCUUGAUUAUUAUUGGUUAGAUUAUUAUUGAUUAGAUUAAUAGCAACUUCGAGAAGUAGAAGAAAUUUAUUUGAAACAAUUCGUUUUUCUAGCACAAUUAUUCCUCUGUUGUGGAGUUCAUGAGAUGAGUUUGUCAAUUUUGAUUGGAUUAAUAUCUAAAUCAAAUUUUCUUGCAUCUCUGUUUUUGAAGCUUUUCUCCCUGAGUGUUGCAAGUUGUAGUCUUGAAUUCUUGUGUUGGGUUGGAACCUUUGUACCUUUAGAAUGGAAGGUUAUUCUUAAUUACCGCUGAA